AGCUUCCAAUCAAGAGAGAGAUCUGAGUCAGAAAUGGCAGCUGCUGCUUCAACCAUGGCCAGCCAACUCCAAAGCAAUUUUGCGUCUUCACUAACAAGAAGGCUUUCCACUCCAAAGGGCAUCUCUGGUGCUCCCUUUAGAGUGAGAAGAACCACUUCCUUCACAGUCAAGGCCAUCCAGUCUGAAAAGCCCACUUACCAAGUGAUUCAACCAAUCAACGGCGACCCAUUCAUCGGAAGUCUGGAGACUCCUGUGACAUCAAGCCCAUUGGUGGCGUGGUACUUGUCCAACCUCCCCGCCUACCGGACAGCUGUCAACCCGCUGCUCCGGGGGAUUGAGGUUGGGCUGGCCCAUGGGUUCCUCCUAGUGGGCCCUUUCGUGAAGGCUGGCCCGCUUAGGAACACUCCCUAUGCGGGUGGGGCGGGCUCGUUGGCUGCAGCGGGACUCGUGGUGAUCCUCAGCAUCUGCCUCACCAUUUAUGGGAUUGCGUCCUUCAAGGAGGGUGAGCCCUCAACGGCCCCGUCGCUGACCCUGACGGGACGGAAGAAGUCGCCCGAUCAGCUGCAGACAGCCGACGGGUGGGCAAAGUUCACCGGUGGAUUCUUCUUCGGUGGGAUCUCCGGUGUCACUUGGGCUUACUUUUUGCUCUAUGUUCUUGACCUUCCUUACUAUGUUAAGUAAGUUGGGAAUGAAUCAAUGUAUGUGUUGUUUUUCAUGGGAAUUCCAACAGGAAGUUGUAUAUUGACUUUUUUCAUGGAUGUUUUAUGAUGCUUUCUUAGUUA